GAAGGCUUAUCUAAAGUCAGUUUUGUUGCCAGUCCCAGAACUGGUAGAAACGUACAGGAACGUGAGACAAACAGCUUGCAUAGUUGGUUGUCGCCGUGAACACAGCCAGGAAAUACUGCUGAGUAUCAGACGAUGCCGCGCGUGUGCUCUGUGUGUCGAGAGAAUUACGCAGAAGGUGUCAAGGCUCCUGUAACCCUGUCGUGCGGCCACAGCUUCUGCAGGACAUGCCUUCAGACUUUGUUGCAACUGACGGCGGCUCUCAAGUGCCCCGUCUGCCGGAGGAUUCACUCAGGAGCUCCUCUCGAUCAGCUCCCGGAGAACGUGGCUCUCUUGGAGGAGCUCGCCCAGCCCGCCGAGGAGCCCGGGACGGGCUUCAUGAAACUUAUCAUCAUGAACUUGGUAGAUCUGAAGUUCACUCUACAUGUCAGACCGACGGAUAAGUUCAGCCAAGUGAAGGAGCAUCUGUGCACGCACUAUGGCAUCACGCCCGACUUCUCUCGUCUCAUCUACAGAGGGCGGAGGCUGCAGGAUGACAGGACUCCCAGAGACUACGACAUAACGGACGGAACAGUUAUCCAGAUGGCUACCUGUUACGAAUAUGGUGCUUUAGGGCAGUUUCAGGUCUCUGUUAGUUGAGAGAGAGAAAACUUUAUAUAGGCACACACACACACACAGACACACACGCACGCACACACACACACAAACACACACACACACAAACAAACACUAACACACACGCACACACACACAUACA